CCGCCGACAUGUCUCGGCCGCUGUCGGACCACGAGAAGAGGAAGCAGAUCAGCGUGCGCGGCUUAGCCGGCGUGGAGAACGUGACCGACCUCAAGAAGAACUUCAAUCGCCACCUCCACUUCACCCUGGUCAAGGACCGCAAUGUGGCCACGCCGCGCGACUACUACUUCGCCCUGGCGCACACCGUGCGCGACCACCUGGUCGGCCGCUGGAUCCGCACCCAGCAGCACUACUACGAGAAGGACCCCAAGCGGAUCUAUUACCUCUCCUUGGAGUUCUACAUGGGACGGACUUUGCAGAACACCAUGGUCAACUUGGGCUUGCAGAAUGCCUGCGAUGAAGCUAUUUACCAGUUAGGCCUAGAUAUGGAGGAGCUGCAAGAGAUCGAAGAAGACGCCGGUCUGGGCAAUGGAGGACUCGGGCGCCUGGCAGCUUGCUUCCUGGACUCGAUGGCGACUCUGGGCCUUGCCGCUUAUGGCUACGGGAUCCGCUACGAAUUCGGGAUCUUCAACCAGAAGAUAUGUGGGGGCUGGCAGUUGGAGGAGGCAGAUGACUGGCUGCGUUAUGGAAACCCUUGGGAAAAGGCGCGCCCCGAGUACAUGAUCCCUGUGCAUUUCUAUGGGCACGUACAGCAUGCCCCGGAUGGGGUGAAAUGGGCUGAUACGCAGGUGGUCCUGGCCCUCCCCUACGACACCCCCGUCCCUGGGUAUCGCAACAACAUCGUGAACACAAUGCGGUUGUGGUCUGCCCGGGCCCCCAACGAGUUUAACCUGAAGGACUUUAACGUUGGUGGCUACAUCCAGGCAGUGCUAGACAGAAACCUGGCGGAGAACAUUUCCCGUGUGCUGUAUCCCAAUGAUAACUUCUUCGAGGGCAAAGAGCUGCGUCUGAAGCAGGAGUACUUUGUUGUGGCUGCCACCCUUCAAGACAUCAUCCGCCGCUUCAAGUCCUCCAAGUUUGGCUCCCGGGAUCCCGUCCGCACCUCUUUCGAUGCCUUCCCGGACAAGGUUGCCAUUCAGCUCAAUGACACCCACCCUUCGAUGGCCAUCCCGGAACUUAUGAGAGUCCUGGUGGAUGUUGAGAAGCUAGACUGGGACAAGGCCUGGGAUGUCACAGUGCGGACCUGUGCCUACACUAACCAUACCGUAUUGCCCGAAGCAUUAGAGCGCUGGCCCGUCCACCUCAUUGAGAACCUCCUGCCCCGUCACAUGGAAAUUAUCUUUGAAAUCAACCAGCGAUUCCUCGAUAAAGUCUAUGCCAAGUUCCCUGGGGAUCUCGACCGGUUACGGCGCAUGUCCAUAGUGGAGGAAGGCAGUGUUAAGCGUAUCAACAUGGCCCACCUUUGCAUUGUGGGAGCCCAUGUUGUUAAUGGAGUGGCCCGUAUCCAUUCCGAGAUUUUGAAGGCCACCGUGUUUAAAGACUUCUAUGAGUUCGAGCCCCAUAAGUUCCAGAAUAAAACCAAUGGCAUCACCCCACGUCGUUGGCUCGUUUUAUGCAACCCAGGACUGGCUGAGAUCAUUGCUGAGCGCAUUGGAGAGGAGUACAUCGCCGAUUUGGAUCAGCUGAAGAAACUGCUGAACUAUGUGGAAGAUGAGGGCUUCAUCCGGGAUGUAGCAAAAGUCAAGCAGGAGAACAAGCUGAAGUUCGCUGCCUACCUGGAGAAAGAGUACAAGGUGAAGAUCAACCCCAACUCGCUCUUUGACAUCCAGGUGAAGAGAAUCCAUGAGUACAAAAGGCAGUUGAUGAACUGCCUGCAUAUCAUCACCCUGUACAACCGGAUGAAGAGAGAACCAAACAAACAUUUUGUGCCCCGGACAAUCAUGAUCGGAGGCAAAGCUGCCCCCGGGUACCACAUGGCCAAGAUGAUUAUCAAGCUUAUCACAUCCAUCGGAGACAUUGUCAACAAUGACCCCGUCAUCGGUGACCGACUCAAGGUGAUCUUCUUGGAAAAUUACCGUGUCUCGCUGGCGGAAAAAGUGGUUCCUGCGGCUGACCUCUCCGAGCAGAUCUCGACAGCUGGCACGGAAGCCUCCGGUACUGGGAACAUGAAAUUUAUGCUGAACGGGGCACUCACAAUCGGCACCAUGGACGGGGCCAACGUGGAGAUGGCCGAGGAAGCCGGCCAUGAGAACUUCUUCAUUUUCGGCAUGCUGGUGGAGGAUGUGGAAGAGCUGGACAGGAAGGGAUACUGUGCCAAGGAUUACUAUGACCACAUCCCUGAGCUCAAGCAGGCCAUUGACCAGAUGAGCAAUGGCUUCUUCUCCCCCAAGCAGCCAGACCUCUUUAAAGAUAUUGUCAACAUGCUCAUGUAUCACGACAGGUUCAAAGUGUUUGCUGAUUAUGAGGCCUACAUUAAAUGCCAAGAGAAGGUCAGCGCUCUGUACAAGAACACCAAGGAAUGGACCAAGAAGGUCAUCAGGAACAUUGCCACCUCUGGAAAGUUCUCCAGCGACCGUACGAUCGCCCAGUACGCCCGCGAAAUCUGGGGCGUUGAGCCCAGCCGCCAGAAGCUCGCUGCCCCUGAUGAGCCGCGGGAGUGAGCGCCC